GCUAAAACCUCGUCUGCGGUUUCCCCUUUCUUCUAGCUCGUGAAAAAGAAACGUCGAAUAGUAUCGAACCGCCGUCGCCGCUUCACCGAGAAUCUGGUUGAAUCUAAAAUGGCUCAUGUGGCGCAAAGCCGAAACGUGAUUCGGCAUGUAGUAUCCAGAGGAACAGCUUUCCACAAAACAGAAAAUGCGAUCCAUCAUCCACUCCUUUUCGCCUGUCAAGGAGUUCGAUACAGAAAACUCGAAGUCAUUCUCACCACGGGCAUAGAGAAGCUUGGGAAAGGUGGUGAGACGGUGAAGGUAGCUCCUGGUUACUUCAGGAAUCACCUUAUGCCCAAACUCCUUGCUGUCCCCAACAUUGACAAGUAUGCUCAUCUCAUCCGUGAGCAACGCAAGAUGCGUAACUAUGAAGAAAAGGAAGAGGUUAAGGUGGUUCAUAAGUCUUCUGAAGUCCAGACUAAAGAGUUUGAAAAGGCAGCUAAGCGCCUGGCCAAUGCCAACUUGGUACUGAGGAAAUUAAUUGACAAGGAGAAGUUCAAAAACCGCUCCUCAAAGGAGGACAAACCAGAUGUGCAAACACCUGUGACAAAAGAAGAGAUAGUCUCUGAGGUGGCGAGGCAGCUGUGUGUGAAGAUUGAUCCGGACAAUGUGGUUCUUACGGAGCCAUUGGCAACUUUUGGGGAGUAUGAGGUUCCUCUGAAGUUCCCCAAGACUAUUCCUUUGCCACCAGGAACUGUUCAGUGGAUUCUCAAAGUCAAAGUCCGUGGCCAUUGAAAUCUUGUACCUUAGAGAAUUGCAGAAAAGCAUUGUUUCUUCAUUUGGGGCUUUUUACAUGUAGGCAGCUGUGUAAACCGGAUGUAAUAAUCCUGUUUAAAUUUAAACCAUGAUUCGAAUUUUG